GCCGCCGACCGGCACUCACCGUCCCGCGCAAGCACGAUAUCGUCAGUCACCGUCAGCCGGCUGGUCGUGAGCACUGCGUUUCACCAUGUGGUCAAAGGUGUGGAUCGUCGUCUGUCUCGUCGCCGCCGCCGCCGCCGCCGUGGUUACAGAUACUAUCGGAUUGAAUUCCAACGAACGACAUUCUACGAAAUCUUUUAAAAAGGCACCAGCACCCAUGGUGGACGAUGAUCUUUUGGAGUUCUUGGUCCGCGUGGCCGAAAACCCCGCGGAGUGGAACAAGAUUCGACGUGUUCUAAGCAUGUUGGGCCGGGACGAGACGAGCGUGCAGACCACGACCGCGGACGCGAUCACGACGACGACAUCGACGACGAUGCGGCCGUCGCCGACCGCAGUGCCAGUGCCAGUGACGACGACGACGACCGACAAGGACCGUGGCCGCGGUGAGCCGGUCGCAAAGUCGUGGCCGUCGGGCGAGUGGAUUUUGAAAGCAGUGGAGAACAUCAGAGCUGCGGCCAGGGCCAAGGAAAUGGGAGUGGGUGACGGGGGAGCCGAGGGCGACCCUUACGAUUAUGACGACGAGGACAAGGACGACGACGACGACGACGUGGCGGCCAACUAUGAGAUCGAAGAGAUUGACGCUCCGACCACGGGACAACCGCAACCGCCGCUGUCGCCUUCACCGCCGCCACCACACCCACGAGUGGCCGCGGUCGGGCACAUGUCUCGGUAUCAGUUCAGGCGGAUAGACGGGCACCCUGGUGACGGUCGCGUGAACGGCACGUACGUGGCCGUCGUCGAGAGCGAUCGCCAUCCGCCGCGUGGUAUCGUCUACAACCCGGUGAGACAGAAAAAACCAAAUCCCGCGACAUAAUUCCAACACCGCAGAAGCACACGACGACGUCGAUUCGCGCGAGUCACCAGCUAUACUGGCCGAACGGAGAACACAAUUUAACGUUAACGCCGUUUAUACAUAGCAAUACACGAAAACAUUUUGUCGUAUCAACCAAAUUAUAUCAUUAAUUAUUAUAAACACGUCCGGAUAAAAACAUUUUCCCGUUCAUUUUAAUGCGUAUUGAUUUCUAGAUGUUACGACCAACAUUUUCACUGUCUCGUAUCAAUUAAACUAAUACGAUACACAAUAAUAUUUAUUUUAAAUGUAUUAAAGUUAUAUAAUUGCGUGCUGUUUUAAAUCGAUACGGAAAAUAUACAUUUUUUCGUACGGAACAUAAUUUUAAUAAUAAUUAUAAUAAUAUACGAUAAUAUUUUAUUGAUAAUACUAUAAUAUACAGAUAUAAUGUAUAAGCUGAAAUUAAUUUCUACGUUUUCAUUUCCACUUGAUUAUAAACGAUUAGAUAUACCUUUGAUGAAGAAGAAGAAAAAAAAAUUAAGCACCCUAAUUAUAGUAGUCGGUAUAAUAUCAUUAUGUAUGUAACGUUUCGCGCGCGUAUUUAGUAUGUAUAUUGAAUCGAUUAUCUUUUUUUCCUUUCUUGGAUCUAUAAAAAUAUUAACUAU